ACGCAUGGACUAUAAUAGGAUGAACUCCUUCUUAGAGUACCCACUCUGUAACCGGGGACCCAGCGCCUACAGCGCCCACAGCGCCCCUACCUCCUUCCCCCCCAGCUCGGCUCCGGCUGUUGACAGCUACGCAGGCGAGACUCGCUAUGGCGGGGGGCUGCCCAGCCCCGCGCUCCAGCAGAACUCAGGCUAUCCCGCCCAGCAGCCGCCUUCGGCUCUGGGGGUGCCCUUCCCUAGCUCCGCAUCCUCGGGGUACGCGCCGGCCGCCUGCAGCCCCAGCUAUGGGCCUUCUCAGUACUACCCUCUGGGCCAACCGGAAGGAGAUGGAGGCUAUUUUCAUCCGUCGAGCUAUGGGGCCCAGCUAGGGGGCUUGUCCGAUGGCUACGGAACGGGCGGAGCCGGCCCAGGGCCAUACCCUCCGCCGCAGGCCCCUUACGGGAACGAGCAGACGGCGAGUUUUACACCGGCAUAUGCUGAUCUCCUCUCCGAGGACAAGGAAUCUCCCUGCCCGUCAGAACCCAGCACCCCCACGGCCCGGACCUUCGACUGGAUGAAGGUUAAGAGGAACCCUCCCAAGACAGCGAAGGUGUCGGAGCUGGGCCUGGGCGCGCCUGGCGGCCUCCGCACCAACUUCACCACGAGGCAGCUGACCGAGCUGGAGAAGGAGUUCCAUUUCAACAAGUACCUGAGCCGGGCCCGGAGGGUGGAGAUCGCCGCCACCCUGGAGCUCAACGAAACGCAGGUCAAGAUUUGGUUCCAGAACCGGCGCAUGAAGCAGAAGAAGCGCGAGCGGGAGGGAGGCCGGGUGCCCGCAGCGCCUCCAGGCUGUCCCAAGGAAGCGGCUGGAGACGCCUCCGACCAGUCGGCAUGCACCUCCCCAGAAGCCUCGCCCAGCUCCGUCACCUCCUGAACUAAACCUCCCAACCCACGAGGCUCCCCCGCACCGGAGCGCCCCGGUCCUGCCCUCUCCUCCGCUCUCCCUAACCCAGGCCUCGGCUU